ACAAUUUUUCGUAAUCGAAUCCAUAUUUUCCAUUUUGAUCUACAAUAGAUUUAAACAGAACAACUAAACGAAGCAACAAAAACCAAUUAUCAUGGCACACCAAGGAAGCGACAACUUUCAUAGCAGUAUCCAAGUCCCCGGCCAAGCUCAGAUGAGAAGGGAAGACAUAUUGAACCAACCAUCUGACAUUCAUAACCAAAGCCAAUCAACCAACUUGCUUCAAGAGACGGGUACACAAGUGAAGAACAUGGCUCAAGGAGCAGCAGGAAAUGCAGUGAACAUGGCUCGAGGAGCUGCAACUGGUGCAGCAAACAUGGCACAUAACGCAGCUGAUGCGGUCAAAAAUACUCUCGGAAUGAAUCAUCCACACAACACUAGUAACAUUUCUAGUGACAACUAUCUUAACCAACCAGGCACUAUCAACUUCGAUGAUGACUUCCCAACCAGUACCACAACCCUCCCAGCCAACACCAAUUAUCCAAUCAACCCACACAAUCCGAAUACCGGCAUUUAAAAUUCUAUUUUUAAAAUUCAUAGCUUUUGAUUUAUUCACUUCAUAAUUUUUUUUUAUUUCAUAUUUCGUAAUUUGUUGUCUUUUUUGUUGGGGAAUUUGCAGAGGAGGUGUCAUCUCCCUCGUUUCCCUGCUAAUAUAAAAUAAAGUUCGAUAGAUGAAUCGAGUUUAUUGAUAUAUUUUUGCUCUCAUUA